GAGCCGACAUCGAAGCCGCAUUCAAGGCCUUUGACGUGGUCCGGCGGCCGCGCUGCCAGCAGGUUAUCGACUCGAGCCGGGGCACUGGUGCCAUCAUGUGCGGGCAAAACCCUGAUGUUGGCCUGGAUCCGGCCAGGGUGAGAGCGGCGUUUGCCGGUCGAUGGUCCUUCAUUUUCAGUUUGGACCUCGACGAAUAUAGACAAGAUGCGCUGAAGAAGAUGAGAGAGUUCUUGGGCCAGUGAUGCAGAUAUAGAGACACAGAUGUCAGCCAGCGUACAGCAUUUUGCUAGACAUAGGAUAUGACAAGGUGCUUACCUUACUUACCUACCUACCUAGACAUCAUGGGUAUGAAAAUAAAGGGGUUAUUCUUUUGGUACAACCCUAACCCUGCUACUAGUGCCGUGCAGUUUUUUUUCUCACCCAACUGCGACACGUCUCACGGCUCGGGAACGGCACACGGGAACGGAAAUAAAGCGAUUCGUGCACAGCUCCGAGAAAGGCUGGUCACGCCAUACUCCGUACUUCGGACCCGUCUUGGGAAUUUUCUCCUUGCCAUUCUCGUCCAGAGCCCGCAUGGGUUAUAUCGAUUCAAAGCAGAGAUGCUCGUAAGCCUCGCACUUUUUGCGUUGCAACCGCAGACAAGUGAGCAGCAGUCUUGUCUCGGGUUUCAGUCUUUCACCGCCGCCCCCCUUGUGCGACUGUUGGUGGUUGAGUUCCGUCUCUUUGCGCUGACAGGAUGGCCUUGGACCUGGGAAGGAUUUGGUCUUUCCAGAACAGGUAGGAAGUUUCUCAAAGGGUUUGCUGGCGGAGGGCGAUGGAAACGAGUCCGUGCCGACUGCCACCUGCUGCCUGGUUGCCGACUGGAUGGGCCUGACUUCCAUCAUGUCUGUGUGUUGAAUCGGCAAAUCGGUAUGCACAGUACUACAUGCCUGGCAUGUGUCCAUGUGGUGAAAGGGAGGGGGAUGGCGCCAUCAAUGCAAUGAUAUAGCUGACCUGCACCGCAUUUGUUGACACUGCAUUGCUGAUAAUAAUAAAAGCAAGAAUCCUUUGCCUACCGUCCGUCGGUCGCUCUUUGGGUCUGAUUGACUGAGAAGACGUUGGCCCAUUGCGACGCGCGUAUGCAGAUUUGUAUUCCAUGAUGCUUGUUGCUUGCUGGCGCGGCGUGCGAUAGAGGAUAU